CAAAAAGACGUGUGCACGUGUUGCUGCUUGCUGUGGACCUGUGUUCUCUGCUCGACGUGGUUGUGGCUCUCCUCCCAUCUCUCUCUCUCUCUCCCUCCUCCCAUCUCCCUUUCCUCGCCUUCUCGUCGGUCCACCUAGCCAAGCUAUACAUCAUGGCUGACGCUGUGAAAGUGAAAGUGGACACCAAAGUGCCGUCCACCCCACUGCUGCAAUUCAAGCACGCAGACCUGAAUGUCAAGAGCGCCAACAAGCAGCUCCUCUUCACAUCGCGCCGCAACUAUGGCAAAUCCUCAUCAAGCAACGAACCCCUCGAAGUGCGCGCACACGCCGACGCCAUUGACUACGUGUCCAUGCCAAGCUCGCGAUACACAAACUACAUGGUCGGGGUACGAAAAGCCGGCACAAACGAACUGCAGCUUAUCCCAGCAACGCUUCUUGAAAUGACUCCACGCCUCUCCACUGAGGCGAACCAGGCGCGAAACCCGACGCUGGACACUCCGGAGAAGCGGCAGCAGGCCCGCGCACAUCUUGUCGAGUCGUUUGGUGGCAAGAAGCAGAAGCGCGUCCUGCACUCCCGUACACGAUACAUGCUCUCUGACGAAGCGCUGGAGACUGUGGCGUCGACCAUGGCCGAUGCAGUGACGCCCGGCAGCAGCAGCAGCAGCAGCAGCAGCGCCGAUGGCGAUGAUGGUGGCGAUGUGGAGGGCGGGAAAGGUCGCAUGCUUCCACCGAACAACCUCAAGUCCAAGGAUGCAGCAGGGGUGUACCCGCUCGAUGGACUUGUGCUGUCCAACGAGCGUGCUGCCCUCAAGGGCAUGUAUCCAUCUUUCCACAAGCCAAAGGAGGAAGAGCUUACUGCCUGGCGCGGGCAGAACAGGUUCAUGCCGUUUGUCAUCGACGUCCUCGAACGCGACAUCAUGAUUUCCGCAAAGGGCAAGCAGCGCGAGGCCAGGAUCCUCGCCCUGAAGUAUCUCGCUGAGCUGCUCAAGUUCCACAACUGCGCCGUCGUGCGCCGCCUCCCGCGCAAACGCAGCGACCUCGUCAAGACCCUCAAGAGCACACCCGAUGCUGUCAUUGACGGGUUCAUCAACAAAUUCCUCAUUGACACCGACGACUCGUCGUCCUCUCCAAAGUUGUUCCUGAGCAAACAGAAGCAGCACUUGCUUCUCAUGUACAUCCUCACUAUUGCUCUCCACGCCUGCAAAUACAAGAAUCUGCCCCUGGACGCCUUUGCAACGGAGCUCAAGACACCCCUCAAAGAGGUUGAGAAUGUUGCGCGUGCGCUCGGGUGCAUCGUGAAGAAGUCAACCACAUCCGUUGAUUUCGAGGACAGUGAAGGCAAUCCAUCAAAGAGGGCAAAGACCAACACGCUGAUUUCGCUCAAGCUGCCGCUGGUGUUCCGCACGCGCCGCGGCCGCGCCAAGUGACGCCGACCGCUGUAGUUCGUUCGACAUGCACCGUGAUCUUGGUGAUGGUCGUGGGGGAGGAUGCUGUUGCUGAAGAAGAAGAAGAAGAAGAAGAAGAAGAAGAAGAAGAA